AGCCUCCAGCCGCCGAGGGGCUCCGGGCGGCCGCUCCCGCGGGAUGGCCGCCCGCGCCGAGGCCCUGGCCGCAGGCCCUGCGCCGGCCCCCCGCGGUCGCCCCAGGAGCGCCGAGGCUGGGCGGUUUGCCUGGCACCUGGAGCGGACAAUGGCGAACCUGGAGGCGCUGGGCCAGCCGCCUGAGCGCUCCGCUGCCUUGCCCGCCGCUCUUGGCCUCGCGCGGGAGGCGGCCUUCCAGUCCUCCCUGGCCACCCUGGGGGUCUUCGGGAGCCUCGCCUGGCAGCCGCCGCCGCCCGCGGCGGCGGCGCCCGCCGCCCUCCCUGGCACGGCGGGCGCGCUCGCGGGUAUCUCUGGCAGCCUUCACGCGGAGCUGCACGGUUUCUUGCGUGGGCUGGACGCGCGCCUGGACGCCCGGGAGGCGGCGCUGGCCAGCGCCCUCGACCGGGCGGCGGCCACGAGCAUCGACGGCCUGGGCGACCUGUCCCGCCGCGUCGACGAGAUGCUGGCGGAGGAGUCGCGCAGGGCUGCCGCCGAACGCGAGGCGGCCGCGGGCAAGCUGCGGGAGAGCGUGAAGGAGAUGCGCCAGAAGGGGCUGGCUGACCAGGAGCUGGCCAGGGAGGAGGCCUUGCGGGAUUGGUCCCAGCGGCUGCAGGACGCCUCGGACGCGUUGGAGCGGAAGCUCCUCGGCCGCCUCGAGGCCUCCGAGCGGCGAGCGGAGGAGCAGCGUUCUGCCGAGCGCGCCAGGCAGCAGGCCUGGCGGGAGGGCGUCGCGCAGCGCGUGGCAGCGGUGGAGCAGCGCCUCGAGGGCGCCCGGGGCCUGUCUGGGCCGCUGGCGGAGCAGGUUACCCGGCUCAUUCCUGACGUCGAGCGCUUGCAGGAGUCGUGCGAUAAGGUCCUUGCGGACAGGUCGGCGUUCGACUCCUGGCAGCAGCGGCUCGCGGCGUGCGAGGGCGCGGCACGCCGCGCGCACUCGGCAGACCAGCGGCUGGACGAGCUGAGAAGACUGGUCGAGCAGACCGCUGGCGAGCACGGAAGGAGGCUCAACGAGUGCCUGGGCGAGGUUGGGCAUUGCCGCGGCCGCAUCUCAGCGGUGGAAGACUCGGUCAAGAGGCUCGACAAGAGCUUGCGCAUCGCCGAGCAACGCCAGCUCGGCUGGGACCAAUGUCGAAAGCGCGACCAGCGCGACCUGGAUCUCCUGCUGGACGGCCUUCAGCGACGGCUGGAGGACGCGGAGGCCCAGAACCAGCACGGGCUCCAGGGCCUGCUCCGGCACCUCCAGCAGCCCGCCGCAGCCCUGUGCGGCCGGCUCCGCGGCGGGCCCUCCAGGGCCGGCGCCCCGGCGGGCGGGCUCUCCGUGCGAGCCGCCGCGACGGCGAGCGGCGUCAUCGCGCCCGCCCGCGCGCCGCGGGGCCCCGCGGCGGGCUCGCCAGCAGCGAGGAGGGGCGGCAGGGCAGCGGUCGUGGUCGAGCAGAGCUCCUUUGGGGAGAGCUCCAGGAGCCUCCUGCUGGCGCCGAGGGGCGCGAGGGCGGCGGGCGCAGUCGAGCAGGGCUCCCCCGGGGAGAGCUCCAGGAGCUUCCUGCUGGCGCCGAGGGGCGAGCGCGCGGCGUCGCCUGCGGCCGCGCGCGGCGCGGACGCGGGCGAGCAGGCGCGGCGCAGGCUCAUCGGCCGGCUGUUCGACGCGCUGGACAGGGACGGCAACGGGCUGCUGGACCAGCGGGAGAUGGAGUGGUUCGCGCGCCAGGCAGGCUUCGAGGGCUCAAGCGAGGAGUGGGCGAGGGAGUUCCGGCUCUUGUGCGCGGGCACCGUCCCUGCGGGGCUGAAGCUGGAGCGGUUCAGGGCGAUGGUGGACGAGCAGACGGUCGACGCUGGCGGAAGACUGUUCAGGGGGCGUUGGUUCUGCUCGCACGAGGAGAUCUGCCGGCUGCUGUCCGAACCCGCCCCGGCCCAGCACAGCCCGUCGCGGGGCGAAGGGCCCCUGCUGCGGCACGGCGAGGGCGGCGUCGAGCCGCCGCUGCUCCACGAGGCGAAUGGCCCACGGAGCGUGGGCGGCUUAGACGCAGACGCCCAGAGCGCGGACGCAGCGGGCAGGAUCUUGGUGCAGAUGCCCAGGACCCCCCAACAGGCUUCCGCCAGGACCCUGUUGCAGACGCCCGGAACGACGCCCCGGGCAGAGCGGCCAGGACCCGCGUCGGGGGCGUCGCCUGCGCGCAGCUCGUUUUUUUCCGAGGCGCCACGGCGGGGCUGCCCCGGCGCGGCCGGGCUGCUGGCCGGGCUGGCGGCGGCCGACCAGGCCAGUGGCGGCCAGCCUUCGGAAAGCGAGGAAGAAGACGGGCACGGCCCGCCCGAGUCCCAGGGCCCGCGCGCCAGCGGCGGGGACGUCACGGUCACGCAGCCCGGUUUCUCGUUCGGCGCGCCGCCUGGAGCCGCGGCCGGCGCCUGGCGGGGCGCGGGGCCGGAGGAGGGCGCGCGGGAGGCGGGCGCGUUGCCCCGCAGCGGCCCAGGCGAGGAGCUGGCGGCGCACGCCGGGCGCGGGGGCGAGGGCGAGGGCGCGGGCGGCGAGGGCAGCGCGGGAUCCGAGCGCAGGCUCGAGGAGACUGGGUCGAUGGGCUCGGGCGCCUGGGAUGACCCGGACAGCCAGGGCGACGACCUGAGCCCCAUCGCCCCGCUUAGCCUUCAGGUGCAGCCGCCCAUGGACGAAGAGGAGGAGCAGGCGGACUCCGAGAUUGCGCCGGCAGCACCAGCCAGAUGGCCCACAGACCUCCCGCGCGAGAGCGACAGCGAGGGCGAGGAGGAGCAGGCGGACUCCGAGAUUGCGCCGGCAGCACCAGCCAGAUGGCCCACAGACCUCCCGCGAGAGAGCGACAGCGAGGGCGAGGACGAGGAGCCGGGUGUGCUGGUCGAGAGCAUCCGCGCGCCGGUGCCGAGAGCCCUCGGCCGCCCCGCCGCGGCGGGCCCCGCGGGCGGGAUCCCGGCCGGGGCCGCGCGCGAGCGCGCCGCGCUGCCUCAGGGCAUCGUCAGGGUCGCGCCGCCGCCGCUUGUCGCUCGGCCCAGCGAGGAGGAGGAGGAGGAGGAGGAGGCAAAGGAGGCCGCGCCUGGUCUUGCCGCGGAGGCGGGCGCGGAGGAGGCGGUGGUGGCGAGCCCGCCGGGCUCGGGGAGCUCGAGCGGCCACAGCCUGGACAUCGGGGUCCUGGACGACGACAUCGAGCUGUGAGGCGGGAGGCUCACUCGGCCCACACUGCCGCGGCGCCCGGGCUGCAGCGGCCUGCUGCGCCCCCGCGUUCCAUCGCUUUCACGAGGGGGGCUGCCCGAAGCUCCCUCGUCCUCCGCGAUGCUGGAGCCGGCGUUCUCGGGGUGGGGUGGGGGG